CUUACUGAUGUAACCAUCAACAAUCACAAAAGCUACUUCAAUCCGGAUAUAUGCAGUCAUAGCUACUGUAGUUUUGCGAGUUCGCGGGGCAAAAUAAAGUACUCGAUCCUCAGCAUCGGUUGCUAUUUCGCCCGGCAAAUAGAUGAGGUUUGGCUACGCAUUGAGCUGUAUCGGAAAGUUGCAACAAAAUACCAAAUCACAUCGUUCGGUGCUGUGCGGAACUUUUGCAAUUUCUCUCAAGUAAAAACAAAUAAUUACUUUAUGGAUUUUCUGCUUAAUUUUGGAGAAAAAUAUAUACGUAACAUUCGCUGUCCUCUUUCGGGAAAUGUCACCGUAAAUAAUUUGCCGACAAUGCUUCAAAUCAGUGCCGCUUUUCUGCCACCAGCUGAAUAUUUAAUGAGUUCGGUUGUAAGUGGGGAUAAAAGUAUUAAGCUAAAGAUAGUGGAAUUUAAUAUUUCAUUUACUGUCAUACAAAACGCGACCUACAACGUGAACUACUCUGCGUGA